AUGGUCGAUGUUACCAUAAUUCAGCCUCAUGUCGAUGAACGCCCAUGUGAACCUCCGCAUCCGGCUGAGGGCCCUUCCACGUCCCAAGAUGCAAGGACUCCACUUCAAUAUGAUGAUCUGCCACAGGACCACAGCAUUCGAGUCAUCGAUUUGGCCCCCGGCGCCUGGGACGAGCCUGUUAGGUGCUCCUUGAGGACAGUUCGUUUAGACGACAAUAAUCUUUGCUACGAAGCGAUCUCCUACGCCUGGGGAGACCCCACAGACCGAAGAACCUUAGUUUGCAACGGGUCCGUUGUCAGCACAACACGCAACUUAUUCGAGGCUCUGCAGCGCUUCCGGUACGAUGCUACUACGAGGACGCUUUGGGCAGACGCGAUAUGCAUAAACCAAGCCAACAACGAAGAGCGAACAUCUCAAGUGCGGCUGAUGAGUUUCAUCUACAAAAGAGCUGUUCGGGUGGUUGUAUGGCUGCAACAUGACGAUGAUCAAAUAGUCCAAGAUUCUCUGAACGCUGUAUGCCGAUUUGCACGCAAAGAAGAUGGUUUCACUCGAAUCGAGAUCCAAGGACCGCAUACGCCAAACCAGAGCACGCAGGUCUUCUACCGAUGGCGUGAUGUAGAUGUGACCAGCAUUACUGGAGAAGAAUCAUCCGAGGUUACUAAUGUCGCCAUCGACGCUCUGUGUCAUAUUUGUUCGUCACCUUGGUUUGGUCGAGGAUGGGUGAUUCAGGAAGUGGUAUUAGGCACCUCGGUGUCUGCAUUCUGGGGUCACGCUGAAAUCGGCUUCAACUGGCUGGGCAUUGCUGUUAGUUCUGUCAUAUCGAAUCAUUCAACCGGCUGGAGUCACAAAAUGGAUUACUGCCUUCUCCUCUACCAGAUCUCCGUGUCACACCGUAAUCUCAACGGUACAUGGAGAUCUCUCUACAGUCUGAUUCACUCCACUAGCCACUUUGUGUUCAGCGAACCAAAAGACAGGAUAUAUGGGCUACUUGGAUUGAGAACCCUUGAGUGUGACCCUGUAAAUGGGCAGUCUUUUGUCGACCCUGACUACAGCAUUACGACCACGGAAUGCUAUCGUCGGGUGGCUGGAAAGCUACUUUCUGACUGGCACGAUCUUAGAGUACUUUCCUGGGUGUACCAUAGUUCCGAAUUCGCCAGUAACUGGCCAUCAUGGGUGCCAAAUUUUGACGAAACGGAUGUUAAUACAUUCAUAGGCUCUCGAGAGCCACGCCUCAAAGAGAAGGAGAGACCUAGUCUUGUUGAUAUUUUCGAAAGUGUCACCGACGAGAAACAGUGUAUCAAUAUCCCAGGUUUUAGAGUCGAUGCCGUAGAUCGGGAAGUUGAAGAAUAUGCCAAUCUAGGAAACCUCAAAGUCGAUUGUCACGCACCUACACACCUGCAAGCUGUGCUCCGCACGUUGAGCCGCCUAUACGAUGAUGCAUAUCUUGCCUCUACACUGGGGAACUGGCAAAAAGAGCUGCCACUGGACUGUGGUCGCAUUGCGAACCUUGUGAGCGAAUAUCGUACGUUUAUGAAGAGAGACUUUGUUCAAGACAUGUAUUUGGAGGCGCUGUUAACGAGACUAAGCUUCGAUUCUGAGUCUUCUUUCGAACCCCACGCGGACAGGUUCUUUCGUCGAUGCCUCCAAGAUAGAACAGGUCGUACCCUAUUUGUCACCAGCACGGGAAUGCUAGGUCUUGGUCCGAAGGUCGCACUCCCAGGCGACAUCGUAGUAGUUCUACAUGGCGCCUCAGUACCUUUCGUUCUCCGACCUGCAGACAACGGCUUCUGGAGACUUGUAGGAGAAUGCUACCUGUACGAAGUCAACGAGGGUCGCUUUCACAGAGAAUGGGAAGAGAAAGGCAGCGUAUCGGAGAAGUUCUGUAUCUACUGA